AUGUCCCUCCCCGGCGGGUGGGCGCGCGCCGUCGAUCCGAGCACCAACCUCCCGUACUACCACAACGUCGCGCGGGGCAUCACGAGCUGGGACCCGCCCGGGUCCCCGCCGGGCAGCGCCGAGCUCGUCAGCGCCAUCGCCAGGGCGAGGGUGAUGGCGGAGUUCGAGGCGGCGCGCGGACGCGGAGGUCGGCCUGGGCUCGAUUCCGGCGCGGGACGACUUCGGCGACGCGGUGGCACCCCCCUCGGCACCCCCUCGGCACCCCGCGACCGCGACGCGGACGUCCAUCCCCGCGGCGGAGCGCACCCGAACGCGGGCGAAUCACGCGUCGAGCCCGCCAAGGGAAGAGAAUGGGGAGGCGACGGCGACGACGCCGGCGACGCGAAGCGCGCCAAGCGCGGCGCCGACGAGCGUCCCCCGGCGCCCGUCGAGCCCCAACCCGGCGGCGGCGGCUCCCUCGGGGGCGACGGCGAAGCCGCGGCGGUCGGGAUGGACGGGACGGGGAAUCGGGAGCUCGGGGGCGUCGCGAGCAAAUGA